GAAAGCAUUCCAUGCUUCACAUUCUGCCACGAAACUCUCAAUUAAAUUGAGUUUAUUAAUGCAUGCUGCAAAAAAGUUUUAUAUAUUCUCCAUCUCGAGAGGGAAACUCAAAUCUGAGACUCGUUUAGUUUUGGCGUGGCAUAGAAAUUAGAAUAGGAUGGCACAUGCGGCGAUAGAUAGUGUGAGAGGCUUGGUAGAUUCUGGCGUUAAGGAUCUGCCUUUGAGCUUCCUCAAAGAUGAGCACGAGCGUCCCACAGUCCCGCACAAUGUCUUUUGCCAUGAUAUUCCUGUCAUUUCCCUCCUCAACUCUCGGGGGCAUGGAAGAGAUCAAGUAAGAACCGAGCUGAAGAAGGCCUGUCAAGAGUGGGGAAUAUUUCAGGUUGUGGAUCAUCGAAUUCCAAAGGAGCUCACAAACCUAAUCAUGACCCACGCGAUGGAUUUCUUCUCACUCCCCCUCGAGGAAAAAUUAGAGUAUGCUUUGAAGCCCGGAAGCUAUCUUGGCUAUGGUAAUGGCAGCUUUAUCAAGGACGACCCUCUCAUGGAUUGGAGAGAGCUCUACGUUACCAGAUGUUUGCCUCGGGACCUAAAUCUAUGGCCUUCUAAACCACCAACUAUGCGGAAGACUAUUGCAGAUUACAGCGACGCUACCCUUGGGCUGGUAGGAGAGUUAUUAGAGCUCAUCUCCGAAGCUCUUGAGCUAGAGUCUAAAGCCAUAGAGAAUGCGUGCGGAGAUGCAGAACAGAAGCUUCUAUUGAAUUAUUACCCAAAAUGCCCUCGACCUGAUUUGACGCUGGGAUUAAAGAGACACACAGAUCCGGGGACCAUAACUUUGUUGCUUCAGGACAAAGUUGGGGGACUGCAAGUCACUAGAGAUGACGGCAAAAGUUGGGUGACUGUCGAACCAAUUGAGGGGGCAUUUGUGGUGAAUUUGGGAGAUCAGAUGCAUGUGUUAAGCAAUGGCAUUUUUAAGAGCGCAGAUCAUCAGGCUGUGGUGAAUUCGAGCAUUACAAGAUUGUCCAUAGCAACUUUCUACAAUCCCAAUCCAAAUUCGAUAGUUUAUCCAUUGGAGGGAUUGGUUGACGAGGAGCAUCCCAGCAAAUUUGAACGCUACAUCUACAAUGAGUUUUAUGGCAGAAAGAUGAGCCAGCACGUAGUUGAGAGAGGAAAAAAGCUAGAUUUGAUGGAAGGGAAGAAGAUAAAUAGUACAGUUUAGAUACUUUCAAAUCUGGAAAACAUUAAAAUCUACACAUUGAAUUGCUGGUGGUCUAACUAAUUUGUUAUCACUAGAGUGAGCAGGGUUUGGCAUUGUAAACAUUAGGUAGCUAGGGUUUGCAAUAUAAUUUGACUAAAGGUAUCUGUCUUUUUUGUGUCUAGUAUUUAGAUUUUUGUGGGUAUCAGAAAUGUAGAGAUAGGGAUAUUUUAUUUGAUUGGUGGUAUGUGCAAGUCCGGAUAAGACCAGCAGUCUUUGAACGAUGUUUUAUCUCGACAAUUAAGGCAUUUCAAGUCAUUUGGAGCAAAUCAAUAGUGGAGGAGUGAAUUUAGACUUAAUUAGUGAGAGUUUAAACAUAACGUAAUUAAAUUUGCAUUUUAAUUGUGUACACAUUGGAAGUAAAAGAUUUAAUAAAAUUUAACUUAUAUGCGUCUUAA